CUGAAAACGCAGACAGAAAACAGAGAGUUGUGAAGGAGAGUUAUAUGGGAUGAUGAUGGAGGAGAGCAACAACGUCAUCGCACCGUUCGUUAUGAAGACUUACCAGAUGGUCAACGAUUCGACGACGGACAAUUUAAUCACGUGGGGAAGAGCCAACAACAGCUUCGUCGUCGUCGACCCUGUGGUCUUCUCUCAGAGACUGUUACCCGCUUACUUCAAGCACAACAAUUUCUCCAGCUUCGUACGCCAGCUCAACACCUAUGGAUUUCGAAAGGUCGAUCCAGAUAAGUGGGAGUUCGCGAGCGAGUGGUUUCUGCGAGGGCAGACGCAUUUGCUGAGAAACGUGGCGAGGAGAAAACACAUGGGCAAGAGUUCGAGUUCGAAUUCAAACGCAAACUUCUUACAGGCGAAGCACGAGGAGCUCGAUGGCGAAGAUAUAAUUAGGGAGAUUUCGGGGUUGAAGCAGGAGCAGAAGGCGCUGGAGCAAGAAAUCGGGGAUAUGAACCGGCGGCUGGAUGCGACGGAGCGACGGCCGCAGCAAAUGAUGGCGUUUCUGAACAAAGUGGCGGAGGACCCGGAGAUUCUGCCACGUAUGAUGCUCGAGAAGGAUCGCGCGACGGCGGCCCAGUUGGGGGAGAAGAAACGGCGGGUUAUGAUGAUGGCAUCGACAUCGUCGUCGUCGUCGUCAUCGACAAUGGGGGCCACUACUUCCGUCAAAACUGAGGACGAAGAUGACGGAACCGUAGCGGUAAUUUCCUCAUCUCCCGAAGCUGGUUUUGAGAUGGAGAGUUUUAAUCGGUAUCCCACGCCACCGGAGGCCCAGACGGCGUCGGAUUGGUUAAGGCAGAGGUGGGUUGUGGAUCGGGUUCACGCUAUACAAAACCCGUAUAACAUGAAUCCGACGGCGUUGGGUCAUGGGGCGGAGAAUACCCGGAAUAGUGGUAAUUCCGCGUAUGGGUAUGGGAAUGGGAGUGGCGGCGGCCCUGGCGGGGAAGUGGGAUUCUUUACGGAGGUGGAAGCUAGUCCUCCACCGCCUUAUCCAUUUUCGCUAUUGGAGGGAGGCUUUUAGGUUUUUUUGGUGCUUUAACAAUAUUUAUGUUUUGUUGACAAAAAAAAAAAAAAACAAUAUUUAUGUUUAAUUUUUUUUCGAAUUUAACAA